AGGAGCAACCGGUGGUCUCAGAGGAUGCACCCAAUGAAUCCAGUCAUGUUGAGGAACAUGACUACGCGGCACGCCCACCUGCCGGGGCAUUAGAUGAGGCUCUGCAGUACAUUGAAGAGCUGGAGGCUAGGCUGCAGAAAAUGUCACUAGAGAAACAAGCAAUAAUGAGCAGAUUUUGUGUUUCUGAUCACACAAUCAAAUACUACACAAAGUUUCCCUCACAGGAAGUUUUCCAGGUGUUCUGGGAGUCUGUUUGUCCAUCUGCCAGCAAUCUUGUGUACUGGACUAAGGCACAGAGGAUGGGACAGGAAGCAUCCCCAAGCCCUAGCCCUGCACGGAAGAUCCAGCUCAUAGAUGAACUGUUCAUGUAUUCCUGUCGAGUAGCUGCUGGACUGAGGGAACAAGUAAUCGCUGACAUUUUUGGGGUAAGCGUGGCCACAGUGAGUAGGGCCAUUAUCACCUGGGCUAACUACCUGUUCUUUGUGUUGGGUUCAGUACCCAUUUGGAUGUCCAAGCAACAAAUAUGCUUCUCCAUGCCAAAGAAGUACAGUUUGUUCUGUCCAAACCUGCGAGUCAUCCUGGAUUGCACAGAAAUCCGCUGUGAAAGCCCCACAUCUCUGACACUCCACUCAGAGAUCUUCUCCAGCUACAAGAGCACUACAACAUUUAAAGGUCUGGUUGGAGUAGCUCCAUGUGGUGCAAUGACUUUCAUCUCCCAGCUUUACACAGGUUCAAUCUCCGACAAAGAGAUCACAAAGAAGUCUGGCAUUUUGGACCUGCUUGAACCUGGAGAUGAGGUCAUGGCAGACAAGGGGUUCACAAUCGAGGAUAUGCUCUCCAGUGUUGGUGCUAGACUGAUCAUUCCACCUUUCAAACAUGCUAAGCAGUUCAGCAAACAGGACUGUGAAAAAACACAGGCCAUUGCACGCCUCAGAAUUCUGGUGGAAAGGGUAAUUCGAAGGGUCAAGGAAAACCACAUUUGGGAUUCUGUUGUGCCACUCACCUUGUCAGGAAGCAUCAAUCAGAUCUGGCAUAAUUGCUGUUUUAUGGUUAAUUACCAGGGGCCGAUGUUUCUUGAGGAGUGAAUGUACAGUAUACAAG